AUGCGUGACAACCUGUCAGCUGUGAUUACGGCAGGAAAAGCCGCAAAAUUGGGAUCGAAGAUUUUGCAGCACUGCAUGACUUACACGGUUAUGCGAUAUGGCCUACCACCCAAUUUGUGCCAACGGGGCCUAAAGGCGAUAUGUACCUACAUACGCUUCUGCUUCAAAAAGUACGCGGAAAUGAGAGCAAAGAACAAAAAACAAUACAGCGAAAUUAUGACGGACUGUGUGGUGAAGAACACAAUCAUGGCACUGAGCCGAUUUAGUUCAAGCUAUCGAGGAAAGGACCUUCAAGAUGCGAUGGGUCUACUUAUCGACGGGAGGAAAUGCCUCCUCAAAAACAACCUGAUCCCUGAUACCGUUGACGUGGCCUUACAAAUCGACUUGGAAGGCGCGUAG